CAUCAUUACACUGUUAAUCGACAGCGGUGCAUUGUAAUGGACAGAGCUCUCGGAUAAAUAAGACCGAGUUUAGACAAGGGACGCUGGUUUCGCACUGUGAUUUGUCACGGUGUGUUUGUCGUGUCGAUAUGUGUCGGUGUCAUAUAAAUAACGUGACGAAGUUGCCAUAAAAUCGAACAACUAUUUAGACAGAGGGACAGGCAUCGCGGAGGACGCUAGCGAUCCUGGAUGGGCUAUUGAGGACAGUCUGCUUGGACUUUACGAGACUCGUAGCUGAUCGGAGCGCAUUGAUUGUGUCAGAGAUGCAGACGUUCAUGAAAGGAAAGAGAGUUGGAUACUGGCUCAGCGAAAAGAAGGUUAAAAAACUCAGUUUCCAGACCUUCGUGGAUAUGUGCAGGAAACAAGGCAUAGAGAUGAUCCAGCUGGAUCUGAACCAGCCAAUUGAGAAACAGGGUCCAUUUGAUGUCAUUAUCCACAAGCUGACUGACCACAUUGUUGAUGCUGACCAAAAUGUCACAGAGUCUCUGCUGCUUGUUCAAGGUGUUCAGGACUACAUAGAUGCUCAUCCUGAAACAGUGAUUCUCGACCCUCUUCCAGCCAUUCGUACUCUACUGGACCGCUGCAAGUCAUACAAGCUAAUCCAUAAACUUGAAGAAUGUAUGCAAGAUGACAGAAUCUGCUCACCUCCAUUCAUGGUCCUCAAGAGUGAAUGUGGCACUGAGACUCUGGAGCAGCUUCAGAAACAUGGAAUCACGUUUCCCUUCAUCUGCAAAACCCAGGUAGCUCAUGGCAUCAACUCCCAUGAGAUGGCCAUUAUCUUCAGCGAAGAAGAUCUGAAGGACAUCAAGCCCCCGUGUGUCAUCCAGAGCUUUAUCAACCAUAAUGCAGUGCUGUAUAAGGUGUUUGUUGUGGGAGAGGCCUACAAUGUUGUUCAGCGGCCCUCCAUUAGAAAUUUCCCAUCUGGGCCUACAGACAGGAGAGCAAUAUCCUUCAACAGUCAUCAUGUGUCCAAACCAGAGUCCUCUUCUGACCUGACCUGCAGGGACGACAUGGAGGGCCAAUAUGGGGAACCCAACAAUGAUGUCAUUCAGAAAAUUUCCAGAAGGUUACGACAGGCCCUUGGUAUUUCUCUGUUCGGGAUUGACAUCAUUAUCAACAACCAGACCGGCCAGCACGCCGUCAUCGACAUCAACGCUUUCCCAGGUUACGAGGGAGUCCCCAAGUUUUUCGAUGACCUGUUGAGUCACAUCAGCAGCGUCCUGCAAGGUCAGGUGUCUAAUGGAGCUGCGUGCGGUCACCUGAGAUUGAACGGGAUAGCUCAGAGCCCGUCUGUGGCCUGCGGGAUGCACUGUGGCAUGCUGGGAAAUGAAAGCAGUUGGUUGAUGGACAGCGAGGGGAUAAAGAAGGGCCCCCAUCAGGGACUGAGUUGCGGUGGCACUUGCAUGGCACCAAAUUUUCACCAGCAUGGCCGGUCGAGUUUAGCAGCGGAGACAUCCUCGCAGUGACCCAAUAGAAUAUUUCUUUACUGUUCACAAACCAAAUGAACCCUCAUCAAAGGGUAGGUGUAUAGAAGACUCCUUUGUGCCAAAUGUGAAUUGUGUGGGAAAUUACUAAAUGUGUCUUCUCUUUUAUUUAAUUUCAUGUUCGGAAUGGCCGACCUGAUCAUGGAGAUGUAUAUGAUUAGAUUUUUUUAUGAAUGUUGCACUGAACUUGAUUCUCUGAGGGAGAAACUACAAAUUUUAUCUACGUUAAUAUAUUAAUGAAAUACUUGAAAGGAAAAUUGGUGUCAUGAUUUGGUUGUAGGACCUUGCACUAUUUAAAUAAGUGUCCAGCUGGCACUAAAGCUUCUCUUCUUGCAUGUAUUAUAAAUUCUGGCCAAAUAAGAGAGCUUGAAGACUUUUAGUGCUGUCUACAAUCUGCUGGCAACUAAUCUCUUAAAACACGGCAACAGCAGCUCCGCUUGCUUUUUAAAAAAGAUUUAAGACUAUAGAGAUUUUUUCAAGGCUGAAUCAUUACAUAUCUGGGCCCUUAAAAACUUCCCACACAGGCAGGUGCUAUGAGAUUGUAUAAGGGUAAUGCAUUGAUUGCAAAUAGAUAAUUAACAAAGCUCACCAAAAUGUUAACGCAAAAUUUUAUCAUUUUAUAAAUUUCAUCAUGCCUUUCUUUCUUCUUAAGAACACAAAUUUUGAAAAAUGUUCCAACUGAUUUUGUUGACUCAAUAAAAGUCACUGGGGUUAAAACAACACUGAACCUUGAUUAAGCACGUUCAUUGUAUUGACAAAAAAAAGCACAUUUAUCUUUUUUCCUUCACAGAAAAACUAAAUUCAUAGAGGUUUGGAAUGACAUGAGGAAGAGUAAACGAUGACAGAAUUUGCAUUUUUGGGUGAACUUCCCGUGAAAUGUUGUUCUUGUACAUGAUGUAUAGUUUGUAAAUAUGUUAAUUUUUUUCUUUUGACACAGAAAAAGCCUCUAAAAUAUCAAAAGAAUGAAAAGGACAAUAAAUCAAACUGAGAAUUCUUUGA